AUGCAAUCGGCCACCUCCGCGACUUCAGUCCUUGAGGAGGAGAACAGGCUCCUCCGCAAGAGGCUGGAGAAAUUGGAGGCGGACCUCCGCCGUCUGCGUCAGAGGGUGGAGGCCGAGCCAUGGGAAAAUGUUUCCCCGGUUGUGGCUCUGGCACCGGCUGAGCAGGCUGGUGUGCCACACAGGGUGUCGGCGGACACGUCGCGCCCUACAGCAGCGAUAGCCCCACCCUCGGUGCCGGUGCCUGCGGCGGCCGCCCCUCAGGUGGACGUUGCGACGGCCGAUCAGCUGCUAUUGCGGCUAACGCAGCUGAUCGACGACCUGUGGAGCGAACGGCCGUCUCCCCAGGCAGGGCCGAUGCUGCGUAGGCUGGACUCCGUCCGUGACCCGUCGGCAGCCCGUAAAAAGGGGAGAAAGAAGAAAAUUUCGUCUUCCACCAGCGGUCAUCUUGCUGCUGAUCUGGCCGUUUCGUCGGUCUGGACAGGACAGCAAGUCGCUGCAGUGACGGCGCCAGCGCGACUGCCGACUGCGGCCCUAUCCACGGCACCGACUAAAAUGUGGUCGACCGUGGUGGGCCGUAAAGAGAAGCGGAGAGCGGCGGCGGCAGCUUCGGCGGCUGCAGGCACAGCCAUCUCUGAGCCAGCUCGCGGUAAGGCGGCACCGCAACGUGGCCCGGUCACCACGAAGGGUGCUAAAGUACUGCCUCCUGUGCCCCUCGGAUCGCAGCCGUAG